AAAAAAAAGAAAAAAUGAAAAAAAGAAAAAGAAAAGAAAAAAGCCCCACUAACAGCUGUCUGUCUGUGAUACCAAAAACAAAGCUACGCAGUACUUGAUUCCAUCUUCUUCAAGUCUCAUUGAUUUCGCAGUCUCGUUUACUUCGUUUCUAGCUACUUCCAUCGUCUCGAUCUCGUUUCCAUUUGGUCCUAUCAUUUCCUCUUGUCCCUCGGUUUUAUUUUGUUUGUUUGUUUGUUUUUUCAUUUACUUUUACGUUGCAUCAUUUCUACUUCCUGAAAAUAUUUUGUGCGCCCCCCCCCCCCCCCCCCACCCCCAAAAAAAAAAAAAAAAAAAUCAAUUACUGUUUGGUGUUUAAUUGAUAAGCUUCUGUGUCGACUUUACGAGAGAGAUUACAUAUUUUGAUCUGAAAGUGUUCUACGAGGAGGACUUGGAAGAGCAAGUAGCUUGAUUUGUGACUGAAAGCGACAAAAGUAAGAUCUUUGAUUAAUUGAUUACUUAUUUGAUUUCCUAGUAUAAUAUAUUUUGCUCUCUCGCAUGUCAGCUUUGUUGGUUGUUGUAAUUUGUCCUUUGAGUUGACUUUUCUCAUUCCAGUUGUCAUCUUUGUAUUUGUUUGGUUUAUUUGCUCAUAUUUGAGUUGUUCAAAAAAAGAAAAAAGAAAAAAAAAUAUAUAUAGUUGAAGAGUACAGAAAGUAAGCAUGGAAUUUUUUUCCAUAAUUGUUGAAAAAAUUGCUGACUAUACAAUAGAACCCGUUGCACGGCAAGUGGGUUGUGUAAUAUACUUGAAAAGGAAUGUUGAUAAUCUAAAUAGUGAAGUUGAGAAGUUGGUCGAUGCUAAAGGAAGGGUCCAACACUCUGUUGAUGAAGCAUUAAGAAAAUGCCACAAAAUCGAAGCUGAUGUUGAGAAGUGGCUGAAAAAGGUGGAUGAGAUGAUUGCAGAGGCAAAUGAAUUCUUGAAAGAUGAAAAUCAAGUAAAGAAGAAGUGUCUUUUCGGGUUGUGUCCAAGUUUGAUUUCGUCCCGUUAUCGUCCAAGCAGGAAAGCAACAAAACUGGCACAAAAGGUUGUUGAAAUCCAAAAAGCAGGAGCGUUUCCCAGCGUUUCAUAUACCACUCCCCCAGAGGAUAUAUGGACAAGUAGAGUUGGGUACCACGCUUUUGAAUCAAGGUUUUCAAUUGUCACUGAAAUUAUGAAGGAACUCACGGAUUCUAAUAUCCACAUGAUUGGGAUAUAUGGAAUGGCUGGUGUUGGAAAGACCACGCUCGUCAAAGAAAUUGCUAGGCGAGCUGAGAAGCAGAAGUUAUUUAAAGUGGCCAAAGUGGAAGUGAGACAAAACACAGAUUUGAACAGAAUUCAAAAAGAAAUUGCAGAGAAGUUUGGUCUGGAGCUUAAUGGAGAUCUCACUAUGGCAGGACGAGCGCGCCUUCUAACCGACUAUAUUAAGAAAAACAAGAACAUUCUUGUAAUUCUGGAUGAUGUUUGGGAAAUGCUCGACUUGGAAACUUUGGGACUUCCAUUUGGGAUAUGUAAAGUUCUGUUAACUUCUAGAAAACGAGAUUUGUUAUCCUCUGAGAUUGGCACGCAGAAAGAGUUACGACUCGAAGUUUUAGAGGAAGAAGAAAGUUGGAGUUUGUUUGAGAAUAUAGUAGCUGAUAAUGUUAAGGACCUUGAUAUUCGAGACACAGGAAUUCAAGUAUCCAAAAGAUGUGGAGGAUUGCCAAUUUUAGUCGUGACACUUGCAAAAGCAUUAAGAGGUAAAAGCUUACACUCAUGGGGGGAGGCUUUGAGACUUCAAAAAAUGUGUGAAGGAAAAGAGAUGCAUGAAAAAGCAUACUCGGGCAUUGAAUGGAGUUACAAUCAGUUGGAAGGUGAGGAAGUGAAGUCAUUGCUUUUGAUUUGUGGUAUGCUUGGGAAAUUCCACGCCUUUGUCGACUUGUUGAAAUAUACAAAGGGCUUGGGUUUGAGUUUGUUUGAAGGCAUCAAUACAAUGGAAGAAGCACACAGUAGAUUGCAGUCAUUGGUUGAUAAACUCAAAGACUCCUGUUUGUUGCUAGAUACUACUGAUAAAGAAUGGCUCGAAAUGCAUGAUCUUACACAUGACGUUGCUAGAAAAAUUGCAUCUAGAGAUCAGCAAUUCUUAUCCUUAAUAAAUGGAGAUGAAUUCAAGGAAUGGCCGAACAAAGAAUUCCUUGAAAAGUGCACCUUAAUAUCUUUCCAUUGGAUCAAUAUUCCCAAGCUUCCUGAACAGUUGGAAUGCCCAAAGCUACAACUCUUCAAAUUGUGUGCCACUAAAAAAUUACUGCCAAUUCCACAUAACUUUUUUAAGGAGAUGAAAGAACUCAAAGUUUUAGAUUUAACCAAAAUCUGUAUGCAAUCACUCCCUCCAUCUAUUCAUUUUUUAAAAAAUCUGCAAACAUUGUGUCUAGAUCAUUGUGAAUUGAGGAAUAUAGCCAUGGUUGGUGAACUAAGGAGCUUGGAAAUUCUUAGCUUUGUGGGAUCCAAGUUUAAGCUGUUACCCAAAGAAAUAGGCCAGUUGACUCGACUACGGGUAUUGGAUUUGAGAGUUUGCUCUCAACUUGAAGUGAUUCAUCCGAAUGUUUUAUCAAGCUUGACAAAAUUAGAAGAAUUGCUGAUGAAUAACAACUUCACCGAGUGGGAGAUUGAAGAUGUCAGUAAUAUCAGUGAAAGAAGCAAUGCUAGCCUUUCAGAGCUAAAGCACUUGUCUAACCUGACCACAUUAGAGGUAAAUGUUAAGGGUGCUUUUCAGUUAUCAGUGAACUGUUUCUCUGAAAAGUUGGUAAAUUUCAAGAUAUGUAUGGCGAUGUAUGGAAUUGGUCUGUAAAAUAUGCAACUUCAAGGACGCUGAAACUUAAGCUCUCUCAACCAAUCAAUUGGACCAAGGUCUUCAAACACUAGUGAAAAAGUCUGAAGAAUUGUACUUGGAUGUAUUGGAGGGAGUUACUGAUAUUGUAGAUCAACUAGAUGUGGAUGGUUUUCCACGACUGAAAUAUCUCCUCGUCCAAAGUAAUGGUAACAUUUCACAGAUUGUGAACUGCUGGAGUUCUUCUCAUAUUGCAUUAUUUCCCAACUUCGAGGCAUUAUUUCUAUGCAACCUUGUAAGUUUGGAAAGUCUAUGCUCUGGCCAACUACCACGUGGGUCUUUUAAACACUUAACAAUCAUAGAAGUGGAAAAGUGUCCCAAAUUGAAGAACCUAUUUUCGUUUUCUACUGUCCUACACUUUUUGCAGCUUCAAGAAAUAAAAGUGGUUGAUUGCAAUGACAUGAAAGUGAUUGUUGAUAAACAAGAAGAAAAUUUUGAGGCACUAGUAAAUGAUCGCAUUGAAUCUUUUCAAUUACAAUCUUUGACACUGCAAAGUCUACCAAAUCUUACUUGUUUUGCCUCAAGUAAUAAUAGAAAUACAAUAAGAUUCGAAGAGAUCAUUCGGAAUAAUGAGACCGUUGAUCCCAUGGAACUUUUCAAUCAUAAGGAACAGGUUGCGUUCCCCAUGCUUGUUGCGAACUUAACGAGUUUGAUCGUGGAUGGCUGUGGUGGUUUAAGAUUCUUGUCCUCGUCUUCCAUGGCCAUAAACUUUGUGCAACUCAAAAAGCUUCGGAUAAGCAGAUGCCAAAAUAUGGUGGAGAUAAUAUCAACAGAAGAAUAUAAUGGCAUUGAAGAAAAGAUAUUGGAUAACAUGUUUCCCAAACUAGAAUCUCUGGAGCUAGAUAUUCUUCCAAACUUGGAAACAUUCUGCUCAUCACCAACUUAUCUCAAAUUUUCAUGUUUGAAUUCCUUGAUUAUAAAGGACUGCACAAAGCUAGGGCCAUUUAUCCUCGACCACAUGAGCAAAAGUAUUAGAGAUGCUGCCGUUCACUAUUUGUUUGACGAAAAGGUUGGUUUUCCUGGCUUGGAGAAAUUGGUUAUCAAAGGCCUGCAUAAACUGACGACCUUAUGGCACACCCAACUUGAUCCAAAUUCAUUUUGCAAACUCACUGAAAUCUUUGUUGAGGAUUGCGAAAGUUUAAUACAUGUUCUUGUGCCCCGUAUACUAAAAAGAUUGGGAAGUAGUGUGUAAGUUUUAGAUAUAAGGAAUUGUGAUUCAUUGGAAGCGGUAUUUAACGUCAAAGAAACAGAUGAUGCACUAUUAUUACCUCAGUCGGCAUUAAUUUUCAGCUGUCCAAAUCUUUGUGAAGUUGAAAUAGUCAACUGGAGAUGUCUAAAAAAUGUGUUCCCAGCCUCCGUGGCCAGAAAUAGAAAUCUUGAGAAGCUACAGAAAUUGUAUGGUUCACUCCCAGUAGUAGACUUCUUCAAAAUGAAGCAUCUCUUCAUUUUCUGCCAACGCAUUACAUCAGCAGUUACUCCAUCUGUUUUAUUUCGGAAAUGUCACAAUCUUGAAACACUUGGUAUGUACGAUGGAAAUUUUGAAGAAAUAUUUAUCCACGAAGGAUCUUUGGAUGGGGAAGAACAUCAAGGUUGGACUCUAACGCACGUAAAAACUCUCCGGAUCAAAAGAUGGGUGAAUUUGAUGCAUGUAUGGAAAGGCAACUCCUAUCUUGCAGAACCAGUUUUUCCUAAUUUGGAAACUCUAGCGGUGGGUGACUGCCCAAGACUAAAGAAUAUAGUUUCAUCUGCUAUAUCCUUCCGUAAAAUUAUGGAAUUGGAAGUAGCCAACUAUGAUGGAAUGAAGCAUUUACUCACAUACUCAGUGGCUAAAAGCUUCAUCAAUCUUGAAAAAAUGACAGUCCGAAACUGUCAAAGAAUGAUAGAAAUUGUUUCAACUGAUGACGACCAAGGCGAUGGAGAAAAUGAAAUUACUUUUAGUCGGUUGGAAUAUUUGGAACUUUCUGACCUACCAAAUUUAAAGGGCUUUUGCUCUCGAAAUUACAAUGUCAGAUUCCCUAUUUUUAUAACCAUAGUAGCGUCCCACUAUAUGGAGAUGAAGAUUUCUUUUGAUGGAGUACUCCUAGAUGAUUCAAAACGAGAAAAAGUUCAAAUAAUAGAAGAAGAUGAUGAUGAUGAUGAUGACAACAGCGAUCGUGAUGAUUAUGAUGAUGAUGAUGAUAGCCGUCAUGGUGGUGGCGGUGGUGGUGGUGGUGGUGAUGAUCAUAACAAUGACAAUGAAGAUGAUGAUGAUAACAGUAUUAUAUAAUGUAUGAUGAAUGAGAAGAAAUAAAGAUGUGGCGGUGCUCAAGCAUACAAGACCAUAAAAUGAGAUGAGGCUGGGGUUUCAAAUUUCUGAGUUGUUGCAUGAAAAACAUUGGAUAUACUUUGCCACAAGGCUAUAUCCAAACUUUGAAGUUAGAAGAGGUGAUCAACUGGUCAAAACAAAGUCGAUGCAUGGUUGAGCUCCCCUUUUCAUGAGUCUUAUUACUUCGUUAAUUACUCAUUAAUGCAUUAAGCUAUUUUCAUUCUACAACAUAUUUGAGCACCGAAUUUGUACAUGCAUUGACUAUUUGUUGUUAAUUAUUGUUUUGCCCAACUUAUGUUGACUAUUUACCUUUGUUUUUUAAUGACAAGUUCGUACUCCUA